CUUUUAAAUCGUCAAUCAAAUAAUGGCUAUACAGAUCCAAGGAAUAAUGGCGGAAGUAUGUUAACACGUAUAGAUCCUACUUCUCAACUUGGUGAACCGUUAAAUGUAAUCAUUUCUUCCAAUUCCGAUCAAGACGUUCUUACAAGCGCUGGUUUAUCGGAAUAUUUUGAAAGUUUAUACUUUUCACCAGGUUCAUGUGCAGGUAUUUCUUUGGGAGGCGCUCAACAAGCUAAUCUUGGAGAUGGAACAGGUUACAUCAAUCAAACCAAUGUUUUACGUUUCAAUUAUUAUGGUGGAGAUAGUGGAACAUGUUUAGAAAGCGUUAAAGGUGGCAAUCAUUUACGUUAUUGGAUCCAAAACGGUUCUUCUGCAGAUACAAAAGCAGUCUUUAUUGCCGCAAGUGUUGAAAUGCCAGCUCAAGAAGGUCAUAAUAUCGUAAGUAACGGUUAUGAUUUAGGAAGAAAUCAAUUGACCGGAAAUGCUACCAAUUCAACCGGAACAACUUCACCGGGAGGAUUCAAGUAUACAGCAAGCAUGAAACAAGUCAACCUUUUGCAAAGCGUUGAUCAAAGUCAAAUCAAUCACGGUAUCAGCAUUGAUGGAAACGUAAACGUUUUAACCGUCAAAAUCACAAAGACUGGUCAAUUGGGUGCAAAUAGAAACGGAAAUAGCGCAUCUGAUUCAGGUUCUAGC